CUUAUAGUAUUAAGUAUUCUCAGAGCGUCGGUGACGCUCAAACAGCUAUAGGGGUAUAUGCAAUUGCGGUCGAAUUUCAGAAAAAGUCGAAUUCCGGAACGUUUUCGCCUCAAAAAAUCAAUUCGCCUAUGCAGUACAGUACUUUUUCGCAAAAAAACGGACAUUCAAAAUUCGACUUUUGUCAAUUCGACUUUUUUCGCAUUCGACUUUUCUGCAAUGGUACAGAUGCUGCAAUUCGCCCCAAGCAUAUUCAAUUCAAGUUUGGAAAUUCGCCUGCAGUGCUUUUCGACCGCAAAUUCGCCUAUUUCAGUCCGCCUCAGUUGACUGGCGGGUUCUCAAAAAAAAUUUUUAGAACAUAAUUUUUUGGGAUAUUUGAGGAUUGAUAGUAGCAUAUCUAUUUAUAUUUGAAAGGAUUAUCUACUUGGUUUGUCUUUUUUUGCUUCACAAGUAUUAUUUAAUUGAUUUUUUAAAGGAAUAUUUUUUUCUUCAAUCUCCUGAGGGAAAUUUACCCAUGAUUCCACAGUUUUACCCAGGAUACACUUCUGCAAAGCCCCUCCUAUCUCCUCACUCCUGGGUUUGAGACUACAGGGAGAAGGAGCCAUUUUACAGUCAGCUCUGUGGAAUCGUUUUUUUAGGAAAAUCCCUGCGUUUUAAAACACAUUCCUAUUUUUGUACUGACUACAAUGAUGGAGCCUUUUUCUGACCAGAUUGUGUUGUUCAUGCUGGCUGCAAGCAUGAUGGAGGAAGAAAGUGCUGAUGAACAUCAGGAUCCAGGUCAGCAAAUGUCUGCAUUGGGUGAGCCAGUAUUGCGGGUUUCAUUUCCACGUCCACGCCAGUAUCGCACUAGGCGUGAACUGGAGGAUCUCAGCGAGUUCGAGGUGAUACAAAAUUAUCGCUUAUCGACUCACGACAUAUAUUCGCUGUACGCUCUGUUGGAGGCCGACUUGGAACCUCGAGCACGGUCAAAUCGUGCAAUCAGCGGUUUUCAGAAACUGCUGGGGACGUUACAUUUUUUGGCGUCAGGCACAUUCCAGCCUACACUGUCUCAAACAUGCGGUUUUUCUCAGUCGACACUGUCGCGCUGUAUAACCCAAGUCAUUAGGGCUUUCCGCAAAUUGACGAUCCAGUACAUCACAUUUCCAGAGACGGACAGCGAAUGUCGUGAGAUCAAAUUAGGCUUUUUCAACAAAUACAAAUUUCCCAAUGUGCUGGGCGCGAUUGACUGUACCCACGUGCAGAUCAGACCGCCACGGAAUUCAGAGGAAUGUUUUCGGAACCGAAAACAGUUCCAUUCCCUGAACGUGCAGGCGGUCUGUGAUGUCAACAUGAGAUUUUUGAACAUUUUUGUGGGAUUUCCUGGAUCAUCUCACGACUCCUUCAUCCUAAGCCAGUCAUCGCUGUUUGACAAGUUCGAAACAGGAAACAUGCCUGGUGGCUGGCUGUUAGGCGAUGCGGGUUAUCCAAACAAACCGUGGCUGUUGACCCCAUUGUCUAAUCCUGUUGGUAGAGCAGAAAAACGUUACCAAGAGAAACACAUUGCAUCGAGGGGAAUAAUUGAGCGUGCCUUCGGUGUACUUAAAAGCCGGUUUCGAUGUUUAGACACUUCCGGCGGUGCUCUUUUGUACUCACCGUCGAAGGUUUGCGGCAUGGUAAAUGCAUGUUGUAUUUUACACAACAUAUGUGUCGCAAACCGUUUGCCGGUGACUCUUCGUCGUAGUGCUUUCCUACGCGGGAACCGGUCUUCUGCUCUACCGGUGGGUAUGGGCGAAGGAGAGGAUUCCCGGCGGACAUUGAUCCAAAAAAUUUUUUCAGUUGCCUGUGAGUAUACUGACAACAUUUGUAUUAUCGUGUAAACUGACAUUGGAUUUUUUUUUAAAAAACUUCUUCAUUUAUCUAUUACAGAGUUUUACAUCCUGUUGAUGUAUAUCCCCAGGCCGUGUAUAUACAGUUCGUUCCCCCCUGUUUUAUCCUGUUGUUGGUUUACCGCAAAUAUUUGACCCUUUUAUCCAACUCUACCAUGGGCGACCUACUGGUGAUGUGGACCUGACCCUCCGCCAUGUAGCAGACAACCCCCUCAGGUCCUGCGAUGUAUCUUCCCAAGUGGCGUGGAUGUGAGGAGACACGACAUUUCACCCGAUGUUCCAUGGGCGACCUACUGGUGAUGUGGACCUGACCCUUCCGCCAUGUAGCAGACAACCACCUCAGGUCCUGCGGUGUAUCUUCCCAAGUGGCGUGGAUGUGAGGAGACACGACAUUUCACCCGAUGUUCCCUGGGCGACCUACUGGUGAUGUGGACCUGACCCUUCCGCCAUGUAGCAGACAACCACCUCAGGUCCUGCGGUGUAUCUUCCCAAGUGGCUUGGAUGUGAGGAGACACGACAUUUCACCCGAUGUUCCCUGGGCGACCUACUGGUGAUGUGGACCUGACCCUUCCGCCAUGUAGCAGACAACCACCUCAGGUCCUGCGAUGUAUCUUCCCAAGUGGCGUGGAUGUGAGGAGACACGACAUUUCACCUGAUGUUCCCUGGGCAAUCUACUUACGUACAAUUCAAUUGCAUUACAAAUUUUAAUAAAAACCACAGGAAACUUCU